AUGUCCGGCAUCGCUGACAAGAUCUCCAACCUGGUCGGCGGCCAGCAGAAGCCGACCGUCGAUCCCUCGACUGAGACGUUCGUGGGGUCCAUUGACCAGGGCACCACGAGCACUCGCUUCCUGAUCUUCGACACCAAGGGGGAGCCGGUGGCCAUCCACCAGGAGGAAUUCAAGCAGAUAUACCCAAACCCGGGAUGGCAUGAGCACGACCCGGAAGAGAUCGUCCAGUCCGUGGAGAACUGCAUCGAGGGCGCGCUCAAGCAGUUCGAGAAGGACGGCCACUCAAGAGAAAGCAUCAAGACGAUCGGCAUCACCAACCAGCGUGAGACGACCGUCUGCUGGGACAACAAGACCGGCGAGUCGCUCUACAACGGCAUCGUAUGGACCGACACCCGCACCGCCGCGCUGGCGCGUGAGCUCAAGGCCCGUCCCAACAGCGACAAGACGGAGGUCUGCGGUCUGCCCAUCUCCACCUACCCGUCCGUCACCAAGCUGCUGUGGAUGCUGCGGAACGUCGAAAAGGUGAAGAAGGCGUACGAUGCGGGCACGCUUGCUUUCGGCACCAUCGACGCGUGGCUGAUCUACAAGCUCAACGGCGGCCCGGCGAAGAACAUCUUCAUCACCGAGUGCACCAACGCUUCUAGGACCAUGUUCAUGGAUAUUCGAUCGAUGGAGUAUAGCGAUGAGAUGUUGGACUUUUUCUCCUACGAAUUCGAUAUGCGCAAGGUCCACCUGCCCAAGAUUGUGCGGUCCGCGGACACCGAGCACUUUGGCAAGCUCGAGACGGGCUCGUUGAAGGGCUGGCCCAUUACCGGAUGUCUGGGUGACCAGUCGGCGGCGUUGGUCGGACAGAAGGGCUUUGACCCCGGUGCCGCGAAGAACACCUACGGCACUGGAUGUUUCUUGCUUUACAAUGUUGGCGACAAGCCCGUCAUCUCAAAGCAUGGGCUUUUAGCGACUAUUGCGUACAACUUUGACGGCAAGCCGAUUUAUGCUCUGGAGGGUAGCAUUGCCGUGGCGGGCAGUGGUGUGAAGUUCUUGAUGCACAACCUAGGCUUCGAGCAACAAUCGCACAAAAUCACCGAGCUCGCGGAAACCGUCAAGGACAACGGCGGCCUCGUCUUCGUCACCGCCUUCAGCGGCCUCUUCGCCCCCUACUGGAUCGACGACGCCCACGGCACCAUGUUCGGCAUAACCCACCACACGGAACGCGGCCACAUCGCCCGCGCCACGCUCGAAGCCGUCUGCUUCCAAACCAAAGCCAUCCUCGACGCCAUGGAAAAGGACUCCGGGCACAAACUCGCCGAGCUCAAAGUCGACGGCGGCAUGUCCAACUCGGCCCUGUGCAUGCAAACCCAAGCCGACCUCGUCGGCAUUCCUAUAAUCCGUCCUAAGAUGCGCGAGACUACUGCUCUAGGAGCGGCGAUCGCCGCCGGCUUCGCGAGCGGGGUGUGGAAGGAUUUCGGCGAGUUAAAGGAGGUGAAUACCGCCGGGCAGACGAGCUUUGAGCCGAAGAUGGAGGAGAAGGAGAGCAAGCGGAUGUUUAAGCGGUGGGAGAAGGCGGUUAGUAUGAGUAAGGGGUGGAUUGCUGAGGAUCAGGCGGAGCAGGGGCGGGAGGAGGAUUCGAAGGCUACGUUGGAGAGCGCGAAGAAGGACGAGGAGGCGGCGGCGAAGAUCUAA